CCUGGAUUUGCUCAGAAGCGUUGAUUAACAUGAUUGGUGCCUUGAAUAGUGCGGCAAAGGGUCGAGUCGAGUCCCAAACCCAAACCUUCCGGGACGGAAAUUUCUACUAAAAACAUCGGAAAUCGCGCAAUACUCCAUGGAAAAACAACGACAAUUCCACGUUAAUUGAAUUCACCUAAUCACAUGCCACGCAUCACCUUAACAACUUACAAGACUAUCUACUCAAAACACUUUACUUAUGCUUAUGCAAACCGUAUUUUCUGGCUUCUCUCGUAAAACGAUUCGGCAAUUACCGAUCGCCAAUGAUCAAAGUAGCGAGGGGCACGCAAACAAGCCUGGCCUUGAAAACUGUUGCCCGCCACAGCCAAGUAGGCAUUUGUAAAAUUGAAGUUUAUAAAAGCAUUCCGUCAAACGGAAAUCCUCUUCAGUCAGCGGAAAAUUUUCCUCACAUCGAGUCACCCGGCAGAUCAACCACGAGAUAAAAUGAAACUGCUUCUGAACGCCGUCCUGAUGAUCAGCUUGGCUUUGAUGGUCACCCCGCAAACCAUACAGGAACUGGUCCGGGAGUGCAAGAAAACCGUCCCCAUCAGCGCGGAGCAGGAGAAAUCCUUCCUGGAGCUCAAAUUCCCCCCGGAGGAGAAAACCACUCACUGUCUGAUGCGCUGCAUCGGCUCAACGCUGCAGGUGUUCAACGACGAGACGGGCAUCGACUUGCCCGUUAUCAAAACGAUGCUCAAGGGCGUGCAGGAAUCUUCCGACGGUGAGUUUACCGAGGACCAGGUCAAGUGCGUCGAGGCAGCCGAGACGAAGGGCGAGGCGAAAGAGGAGGACGAAUGCAUGAUGGCUUUUAGGGCGUAUCAGUGCUUCGAGCAGGAAUUUCUGGCACUGAUGAAGAAGGACCUGGAGCAAGGUCAAUGAAUCGAUUGUGUUUUGUUUUGUAAAUACGUGAGGGAUGGACAGUAAAUAAAAAUUGUAAA